UGCUUUUGCGGAAACACAAAUCUCAUACCGACUAUCAUUCAUCUUCCUUCACAUUUGCUUGUGCUUAACGUUGUAUCUUUUUUCUAGUGGACAAAUAGAAAUGAGGGAGGGCAGCGCGGCAGCAGGGAGGAAGAACGGGGCAUUGUCGCCGUGCGCGGCGUGCAAGCUGCUGCGGCGGAGGUGCGCUCAGGACUGCGUGUUUGCGCCCUACUUCCCCGCCGACGAGCCCCACAAGUUUGCCAACGUGCACAAGGUCUUCGGCGCCAGCAACGUCAACAAGAUGCUACAGGAGUUGGGGGAGCAGCAGCGGAGCGACGCGGUGAGCUCGAUGGUGUACGAGGCCAACGCCCGGAUCCGCGACCCUGUCUACGGCUGCGUCGGAGCCAUCUCCUCGCUGCAGCAACAAGUGGACUCCCUCCGAGCCCAGCUCGCCGUCGCCCAGGCCGAGCUAGUCCAGCUCAGGAUGCGCGAGCCCAACAGCAGCAGCCACCUCGCCUCCAGCAAUCAUCAGGCUAACGUCGGGGAGUCGCUCUGGUCUUGCUAGCUGAUUACUUCCUUAAUUAAUUAAUUAAUAAGCCACUAAUUAGUCAUAUAUCUCUCUCUCUCUGUGUUUUUUUAAUUAAGUGAGACGUACGUACCCUCUGAUUUUGUUUUGGCUUGCUUCCUAUUUAUCCAUGGUGACGGUUAAUGAUUAACCAUAUAUAU